CUGAGAAAACAACAAGACCUUAUCUGAGCAUCAUAUCUAAUGAAGGGCCUGAAAAUAACAGCUUCUAAUUAAAGCCUUCCGAUACAGAAACAUUUACGCUCAAGAAAAAAGCAUCAGAGUUAGAAAAAAGACUCCUCCACAGGGACCUAAAUGUACAUGACAGAUAUGACACAUCUAAUGACUCUUCUCCUGCUGGCAGGGCUAGUGGGGACAACAUCAGCCCAGAGCCCAUCAAAUGCAUCUGGAACCACUCCUCCUUCAGCCAGUCAAGGAGCCCUGGAUGUUCAGUUCAUUGUCAACCUGCAAUCACUCUUAAAUCUGGUACAGUUGCAGGGUUCCUUUCAAGGAGUUACCCUAAGCACUUUUACCUCAGAUCUCUCCAACCAGUCCUCUUCAGUUUACCAGAGGGUUUCUGGCGUAGUGGUGACACAGGUGAACCCAAUUUUUUCAGUCCUUCCUGGCUUCAAUGAAACCAUUGUCAACUCACUAAGGGAUGCAUCUAAUAACACAGACCUGACUCUGUUGUUUGCCAACCAAACUUUGGUUCCAAACGUCGCCACCGUUAAGAAUCUAAUCCAAACCAGCCUCUUGAAUACAUUCAUUUUACCGGGCACCCUUGUUGUUACCAACCCUUCUACUCCGGCUGUCACCACAACCCCCACCACCGCACCCACCAAUGCCACAACCCCCACCAAUGCCACAACCCCCACCACCGCACCCACCAAUGCCACCGCCACCACCAAUGCCACAACCCCCACCAAUGCCACAACCCCCACCACCGCACCCACCAAUGCCACCGCCACCACCAAUGCCACAACCCCCACCACCGCACCCACCAAUGCCACCGCCCCCACCAAUGCCACUGCCCCCACCACCGCACCCACCAAUGCCACCGCCCCCACCAAUGCCACCGCCCCCACCAAUGCCACUGCCCCCACCACCGCCCCCACCACCGUCCCCACCACUGCCACCACCGCCCCAUCAACCAACCCUCCAUCUGCUACUGAAGGAACAGCGAGUCUUCAGUUCAGUCUCAACCAGGCGUUCACCUCAGAUCUCUCCAACACGUCCUCUGUGGCAUUUAAUACUCUGGCUAAUACAGUGGUCUCGCAGGUGAACACAGUGUUUUCCAAAACCACUGGCUUUCUACGUUCCAUUGUCAACUCAUUCAAGAGUGGAUCUGUCGUCACCAGCAUGACUCUGGUGUUUGCCAAUAAAUCUGUGGUUCCCAGCACUGCCAGCAUUCUGUCAACCUUCACCAACAGCAACACCACCCUGAACAUUGUACCUAAUAGCACAACUGCUAAUUCAGGAAGCGCCUUUCGACCUGCUGUCUUCUCUCUGACAGCCUUACCGGUUACUUUGACACUGCUAAUGUCUAAGCUGGUGGCUAGCUAACAGCCUGGCUGCUCUGAUGGUUUAACCAACGGACUGUUUUCUCAGAGAGACAGCCUUUAAAUUUAAGAUCUAAAGAUCAAUUAUCUUUUGUGAUGUAAUUUUUCUGAGUUUUUACAGUUUUUAUUUUCCAUGUUCAUAAUUUCAUGAAUAAUAUUUUUAUUACAUGAUCUUUAUUUAUACUUAAAUGAGUUAUUCAUUUGCAUCAGAUACACAGCAUUGUAAAC